AUGAGUCCAGUUCCAAACACCGUCGGCCCCUUGCAGAGCCAAAACCCCUGGUCCAUCGACCCCAACGAUGUCCGAACAGGUGUCUUCUCCUACGCCAUCCUCGGCCUGAUGCUCCUCGCCUUUUUCGGCAUGAUAGCAGUCGACAUGUUCCGCAAGCACCGAACAGGCGAACUCCAAGAGUCCAUGAGCACACUGGGCAACUUCAUCAAACUCCUGCUCAUCACGAUGCCCAAGAUCAUGCUGGACCCGAGAAACAUGUACAAGGCGUGGAUCCUCUUCACAGAUCAGUUUCGAAAGGUUGAGAAUAAAAGGUACGACAAGAAGAAGGAAAGCGACAAGAAAAAGGAUACGCCUGAGAAGGAGUUUGACAGCGAGGCUAUUAUCAAGAGGAUGCACUCCAUGUCUUCUUCGGACAAGAGUCCCACCGACACAUCCAAGACAUCUUCCAAGGGAAAAGAAAAGGAGCCAUUCUUCACCGGACCUCUGGAUGAAGUCAAGCUCAUCACAACAAGCUCAUCCAGCUUUAAGACCGGUAUCAAUCUUAAACUCGGACAUGGGACACGACACGGCAGCAGUUCAACAGGCGGCUGCGGCGCGGGAUCCAGCAGCAAUGCCGCUGGAAGGUCUGGAUCUGAUUUCUAUCCUGGAGCUGUCGGUUAUGGAUUAUACGGUUGUGGUGACCUUGGAUCGGGUGGUUGUGCUGGAACAGAUGGUGGAGCUGGAGCCGGAUGCGAUUAA